CCCAUUCCAUUUACAUCGCUCUCUCACUACAUUCAGAAGCGACAAUACAUUUAAAUUUACAAACCAAUUCAAAGGGCAAGUAGCAACGAUAUUAUUGAACUUUAAUCAUCUAUCUAUAUUAAUCCAAGACUCAAAGUAAGUCAAUCCUCAUCUCUUAUACAUAUCAACGAAAAUUGCUAACAUGCCUCCCUCAAAAGAACUUUCCAAAGAUUUAAAAAUCGACUUGGGCAAUCAUCAAUAUAUCGAUAGUCCAAGACAAUCUCUGAGAUCAGAAACUCGGGGCUUACAGCUCGGCAUCGAGGGGACAGUUAAUCAUAGAGAACAUACGACAUCAGAAGAGUCAACUUCAGAUACUCAAACACUUCAGGACACAAUCAAUCAACUAUCAAUUUCAAGCCCGGAAGUUUUGACUGAAAGAGAUACUGCACUUCUAGAUACCCCGUCACAAGUUACUUCCAGUGAAUUGACUUCAGCCAUGGGUCCAAAUCCCCAAAAUCCUCCAAAGCGAAAGGCUACAGAAGAGCCACCUAGUACUCCUGUUGAUUCUAAGAGGAUGAAAAUGAAUGAAGCGGAAUUGACUGCUCAUUUGAAGAAGAUGAAUACGGAACAUCCUGCCACCAUCAACAUCAUACCUUUUCCAGAAAAAGUUAGUCCUCUGAUGCAACUCCACAUCAUUCUUUUUAUCUAACAAUAAUUUAGCCAGCGGUAAUUGAAGAGCGAGAGGGUGAAAUCGAGUUUCGAGUUGUCAACAAUGACGAUACGAAUGCAAGCACUGUAAUCCUCUCGGGACUGAAAGGUAUUUUUCAAAAACAAUUGCCAAAGAUGCCAAAGGAAUACAUUGCUCGUCUAGUCUAUGAUCGAAACCAUUUAUCUAUUGCUUUGGUAAAAGUUUCACCACUGGAAGUAAUAGGAGGAAUUACAUAUCGACCAUUUGAUGAUCGCGAGUUUGCGGAAAUUGUCUUUUGUGCCAUAUCAUCUGAUCAACAAGUCAAAGGAUAUGGUGCACAUCUCAUGAACCAUCUCAAAGACUACGUCAAGGCUUCCUCCAACGUCAUGUACUUCCUCACCUACGCUGAUAAUUAUGCCAUUGGAUACUUUAAGAAGCAGGGAUUCACCAAAGAAAUCACUUUGGAGAAAAGUCGCUGGAUGGGUUACAUCAAAGAUUAUGAAGGUGGAACAAUUAUGCAAUGCGAGAUGCUCCCAAGAGUCCGUUACCUCGAACACUCUCGCAUGAUCUUGAAACAAAAGGAGGUAGUCAAUGCAAAGAUCCUCGCCUUCAGCAAAUCAGAUGAAGUUCACGCACCACCGAAGCAAUGGAAGAAUGGCGUUUGCAAAAUAGAUCCAAUGUCUAUCCCAGCUAUUCGCGCCUCGGGUUGGACACCUGCCAUGGAUGAAUUAGCUCGUCAACCUCGUCAUGGGCCAAACUUCUCACAACUACAAAGACUACUAAGUUCUCUUCAAAAUUAUCACCAAUCUUGGCCAUUCAUUUCACCUGUCAACAUUAAUGAUGUCGCCGAUUAUUACGAUGUAAUUUUGAACCCGAUGGACUUUCAAACCAUGGAAACGAAGCUUGAACAGGAUUUGUAUGAGAAGCCGGAAGAUUUUAUCGCAGACGCAAUGUUGAUUUACACCAAUUGUAAAAAGUACAACAAUGAUUCGACUCCAUAUGCAAAGUGUGCUACCAAGGUGGAGAAAUAUAUGUGGAGUCUUAUCAAAGAAAUUCCAGAGUGGUCAUACUUAUUGGACAAUUAAUCAAUGGGUGCUGUUGGGUUUCAGGCGUUACCCGGAUAUGGAAUUGGGGGAAGGUAUGAGGUUGGAAAAAUGCAAUGGGAUGGAAUUGUACAGCAUGGAGUACUUGGCAUGAAAGAGUUCUGAUAGAACGGACACGACGGAGAUGAAGGACAAGGUGCAUCAUGGAAGAAUUGAAUAAAGUAAACUUUAAAGGAGACUUCUUGUUUUAGAAAUUUCCAGUAGCGACAUGGACAUAAAAAGAA